AUACAACUGCACAGUGUUCUGGGCGUUCUUUAUUUAAAUAUAUCCGUGUAAGAUCGGAAGCCAAUAAUAAAGUAGCAGUUAGAUCUCGUUUGUUUAGUGUAGUGACCGCACUUGUACAUUGCAUGCCAGUUACUGUUCAGUUUGUGUUGUUGAACUUUCUAAUAAACCAUGAACGCGAUAGAAUAUGAAGAGGAAGAGUACGUGGACGUGAACAGGCUGCCAUUAAAGCCGCCACAACCUUUGUUACCGGCGGAGAAGCCGGUGCGCCGGCCGUGGCACCCGGUCAUGUGGGACAGCUCCAUCAUUGGCAUUCCUCCUCCAGACCACAGGGAGUCUGAAGAGCCGCAACCACGCUCGCAGGAGUACCCACAUAAGCAACGCAUACGGAACCUGCGGCGGCUCAUCGCCGAUGGCAAAGUGAAGCCUACUCCAGAGACACUUAUAUUUUUCCUUUGUAAUAAAUUCGCCAUUUCCGAUGAGCGGCAGAAGAAGGUAGUCCUCUAAUUUAAGUCUUACGGCAAAAACUACAAGUAUUAUUAUCUAUUAAUAACCAUAUCAUACACAUUUUGUUUUGUACUCUUUAAAAUGUAAAUAUAAAAUGAUAUUUUUAAA